UGACAUUAGUGCCCAUCAAGAUUUCAUUUUUCUUUUAAAAUUUAUAAUAUUUUUGAAGAUUUUUCAUUUCAUUUCUCUAUUUUUGUGCCCAUUUUUCCCACUCCCACCUCCUCUUCCGUUCCCAAGGAGGGCUUAAAAUCUGAAACAAAGGGAAAAAUAACCUAAACCAGCCGACUCUUGUUUCUCUUAGGGUUGACAUGAUGAAACUCAAGAACAGCAUUGCGAUAUGUGGAUUGUUGUUGGUGAUGUAGUUGUGCUAAAAUUCCGUUUGGCUGUUCAUUGGAAGGGAGUUUAUUUUACUGAAUUCUGUGCUGGUGUUCUUCGUUGUUUAACGGGUUGACGUUGUAUCUGUUUCUUGCAAUAAGAUGGAUGGAAAUGGAAAUAUGAAUCUGAGGAACUGGGGUUUCCUUGAACCCCCAACAACUACACUUAAGAGCCAUCUGGGCCUUCAGCUAAUGUCCUCCAUGGCUGAGAAGCCCCUUUUUGGUGGUGGUGGAGUUCGUGAUCACCAGCACACCCACCCGUCAUCCGUAAUGGCCUCUACUAAUGGCGGACCGUUCCAUCACCAUCGUGUUGGCGGCAUUUCGGAAGCCCACUUUCCGAUGGACUAUUGGAUGAAUCAAAACAGGGACAAGUACCUCAACGUUUUAUCUGGAAAUCAACACCAUGCUUAUUAUCAGUCAAGUUAUGGUGUUUCGCCGGAGACUUCAUCUGCUCAUUCUAUCCAAAUGCCCCAGCAAAUGAAUUUACCAAAAAAUGACAAUGUGAUCUGUGAAAUGGAAGAAGUGUGUGAAGAAAGAGAUAAUGGUGGUGGUGGUGGUGGCAGUGGUGGUGCGGUGGCAAAGAAGAGAGGUGGUGGUAAAGUCCCAAAGUCUCCCCCGAAAGAGAAGAAACCGAGGACUAGGACUCCUAGGGUGCAAAGGGAUGAGUCUGCUCCUUCAGUUCAUCGCGCAAGGACUCCCAAGAAACGGGCGGAAAUUGUAAUUAAUGGAGUUAGUAUGGAUAUUUCAGAAAUUCCUAUUCCAGUUUGCUCGUGCACGGGGACACCACAACAAUGUUAUAGAUGGGGAUCUGGUGGUUGGCAGUCUGCUUGCUGUACAACUGGGGUGUCUGUUUAUCCCUUGCCUAUGAGCUCGAAGAGACGGGGUGCAAGGAUAGCGGGACGGAAGAUGAGUAUUGGAGCUUUUAAGAAGGUCUUGGAGAAACUUGCAUCCGAAGGUUAUAAUUUCUCUAACCCAAUUGAUCUAAGGAGUUACUGGGCGAAACAUGGUACAAAUAAGUUUGUGACAAUCCGAUAGAUUUUGUUAUAGAGAUGCUGUGGUUGACUCCUACAUGCAUGCAGCAUUCAUUUUCUGCUGUACAUAAAUGAAUGGCCUGGCCAGAAGCAGAAGCUUCUCAUAGUUUCUAACUAGUGAGCAUCCAGAAGUGAGUUUCAUUUUCAUUAAUUGCCUUUUGGAGCACCUCGGAUAAGAUUUGCUUUAACUGUUCACAUUUUGUAGUUCAAGGGAAACGGUAAUCUUUUCCAGUAACAAGGUACGGGAAUGUUUUGUUGA